AUGGCGGCGGCGCCAUCGGCAGAUGUCAGGAUGUCCGUGAGCGCUCUGCUGCUGCUGCUGCUGGCCCUCACAGCAUGCUCUGGGGAUGACGGCUGGUACAUGAAGGUGCAGCCGGAGGUUCGAGGGAUGGAGGGCUACCCAGUGGUGCUGCCCUGUACCUUCAGCCACCCACAGCACUCCCAGCAUGCAUCUCUGCAGGUGCUUUGGCGUCUGGGACACGGCCGAGACGCCACCGUGCUGUACCGCUGCACCAGCCGGCCCGGGGCCCCCGGCUGCGAGCCGGAGCCCGGGCAGGACCCCCGGUACCGACUGGAGGGAGACCCGCGGGAGCACGACCUGUCGCUGCGCAUCAACAGCGUCUCCCUGCAGGACAGCGGCCGCUACUACUGCCGGGCCGAGGUGCAUGGCCGGGAGGGCGUCGGCUUCGAGGACAAGAUGGGCACCAGGCUGAGGGUGGAAGCUGCUCCUAAGAUCCUGUCCCUGUCGGUGGAUGGUAACGAAGCAUUGGGGUAUCGAGCCGUGUGUCUGGUGCAGGGCUCUCCGCUGCCGGACGUGCAGUGGCUGGGAUCUGACGAGCUGGUGGAGGCGUCCCUGGUGGGGCCCCUGGCUCAGGGUUCGGGGUCCCGGUACCAGACGGCGAGCGAGCUGAGGGACGUGGAGCCGGGUCAGCAGUACUCCUGCAGCGCCUCCAACCCGCUGGGUAAGGAGCAGGCCGCCCUCUACGUGCUGCCCCCCCGGCCCCCGCCGGCCCCCGGCCCCGGGGCCUCCCCUGCGCUGCUGCUCUUCCUGGUCUGCCUGUCUGUGGGGGCCAAAGUGCUCCUGCUGCUGGGGGUCGGGGUGUGGCUGGUCAGCGGAGGAGCUCUGCAGCGACCGAGCUGCUCCUGGAAGUAACAAACAUCAAUCCUCUGGAUUAUUUCCAAUAAGAUUUUGGAUUUAUG